AUGCUGGCCAGGGGGCUCCCUUCACGCUCAGUCCUGGUUAAAGGCUGCCAGCCCUUCCUGAGUGCCCUGCGGGAGGGCCCGGGGCAUCCCAGGGUGUCCACUGAAGAAAGAGCCAGCAGCAGCUUUGCUCGCAGCCCUCGCCCCUACAGUGAAAUUCCUUCUCCUGGUGACAAUGGCUGGCUGAACUUGUACCAUUUCUGGAGGGAGAAUGGCAUACAUGGACUCCAUUAUCGUAACAUCCAGAAUUUCCAGAAAUUUGGCCCUAUUUACAGGGAGAAGCUUGGCACCUUGGACUCUGUUUUUAUCAUUGAUCCUAAAGAUGUGGCCAUUCUCUUUAAGUCUGAGGGUCCUAGUCCAGAACGCUACCAAAUCCCACCCUGGGUUGCCUACCACCAGCAUUACAAGAAACCUGUUGGGGUCCUGCUCAAGAAGUCGGGAGACUGGAAGAAAGACCGGAUAGUCCUGAACCAGGAGUUGAUGGCUUUGGAGUCCAUAAAGAACUUCGUGCCCCUGCUGAACACAGUAUCUCAGGACUUCGUCAGCCUCCUGCACAGGCGCAUCAAUCAGCAGGGCUCUGGGAAAUACUCAGGGGACAUCAGUGAUGACCUCUUCCGCUUUGCCUUUGAGUCCAUCACGAACGUCGUAUUUGGGGAGCGCCUGGGAAUGUUACAGGAGGUGGUGGACCCUGAGGCCCAGAGAUUCAUUAAUGCCGUAUACCAGAUGUUCCACACCAGCGUCCCCAUGCUCAGCCUCCCCCCAGAUCUGUUCCGCCUGCUCAGGACCAAGACCUGGAGGGACCACGUGGCUGCAUGGGACGUAAUUUUCAACAAAGCGGAACAAUACACCCAGAACUUCUACUGGGACUUGAGACAAAACAGAGUCUUCAACGAUUACCCUGGCAUCCUCUACCGCCUCCUGGGCAAUAGCAAGCUGCCCUUUGAAGACGUCAAGGCCAAUAUCACUGAGAUGCUGGCAGGCGGCGUGGACACGACAUCCAUGACACUGCAGUGGAACCUGUAUGAGAUGGCCCGCAACCUAAAGUUGCAAGAGGCACUGCGGGCAGAGGUCCUGGCUGCCCGGCGCCAGGCCAAUGGAGACAUGCACAUGAUGCUCAAGUUGGUUCCACUCCUCAAAGCCAGCAUCAAGGAGACGCUGAGACUCCACCCCAUCUCUGUGACCGUGCAGAGAUAUCUUGUAAAUGAUGUGGUUAUUCAAGAUUACAAGAUUCCUGCCAAGACACUUGUGCAGGUAGCUACCUUUGCCAUGGGUCGGGACCCCACCUUCUUCUCCAACCCGGACUGUUUUGACCCAACCCGAUGGCUGAGCAAAGACAGGGACAUCACCUACUUCCGGAACCUGGGGUUUGGCUGGGGUACACGGCAGUGCCUGGGCCGACGCAUCGCUGAGCUUGAGAUGACGCUGUUUCUCAUCCACAUGCUGGAAAACUUCAAAAUUGAGAUCCAACAUCUCAGUGACGUGGACACCACAUUCCACCUCAUCCUGGUGCCCAGCAAGCCCAUCUUCUUCACCUUCCGGCCUCUCAACCAGGACUCGCUCCAGGCGUGA